AUGACACCUUCUCAAUGCCAUUUAAGCCUCGGUCACGAAUACAAAACAGCUCGCCAAAACUUCGAAACAGCAGUAACCUCAGCCCUAAACCAAGCCAAACUCAUCACAUCCCAAAACACAAGCACCCUCCAAGCCGGGGUACUAUAUCUUCUCAGUUCUCGUCUAGACGGUGAUUCACGACGAAUCUGGGCCGAAUCUUCAAUUCUAAUUCGAGUAGCUCAGAGCCAAAAUCUUCAUCGCGACGGGAAAAAGCUAGGAUUUUCUCCAUUUGAAUGCGAAAUGAGAAGAAGGCUCUGGUGGCAUAUAUGUAUUUUGGAUAUGCUUGUUUCGGAAGAUCAGGAUGUACCACGACAAAUUCAUCCGAAUACAUUCGAUACUGCAGUUCCGAGUAAUAUUGACGAUGAUGAUCUGGGCCCAGAUAUGAAGGAAAUUACGGCUGAGAGGGACAACUUUACAAACAUCACACUUUGUAUUAUUACAGCUCAUUUUAUAAGAGGAUUACACUGGUUACGGGAUUUCCAAGAUGGUAAUGACACAAUACCACUGGAACUUGAACAAAGGAAAGAGAUUGUCAAAACGCUAGGAAGAGAUAUGGAAGAACAAUAUCUCAACCAAUUCGAUUUGAAUAUUCCAAUUCAAUGGAUGACAGCCACCAUCUCCCGACUCCAUCUAUCAAGAGCAUGGCUAUUCAUUCAUCUGACGCCAAACCCGUCCGGCGAAACUGAAAGGCUCGAACCACUGGCAACAGACUCAGACUCAGACUCACCACAUACCCUCAAUGAGUUUCUGUUUCGUACCGGCGUUGAGAUUCUAGAAUUCGUACACCUUCUCCAAACAAAUACAUUCAUCACAGGCUGGAGCUGGUUAUGGAAGAGUUAUCGGGAGUGGCACGCGAUGGCAUAUGUUAUUUCUGAGCUUUGCCAUCGUCCGCUAGAUUCAGAAUCGAAUCAUGCGUGGGAAAUGGUUACGAAGAUGUAUGAUCGGUGGCGAGGCGGGGCUACUACUAUGGAUAGUGAGAUGGCGAAACCUUUGGGUCGGUUAAUGCGGCGUGCUGUUGAAGCAAGGGCUGCUAAGAUGGGAAAUACUUCGGGUUCCUUGUCUGGUAUAUCGGAUGCCAGACUCGGAGGAGUGGGAAUGGAAGCUGAUACUGAUACUGACACUGACACCGUUUCUCGGUCUGGCUUAUUUCCAGGGUUAUCAUAUGAUCUUGACUGGAGUCAUUGA